AUGUUGAUGGUUGUCAAUGAAGCCGCUGACAUGUCUCGCAAUCGGACGUCAAAAUUUGAGACACCGGGUAGUUUUAAGUGUGAUUGUUGUGGAUACGUAACAGGGAAAAGUGCAAAUUAUCACCGGCAUUUGGCAUCAGAUCGACAUCUGAGGGUACUAAAUUUUUCAAACCAGAUUAACUGUGAGUGUGAAAUCAACGAGAAUGACUUGUGCACGGAUAGCGCAAGUACUCAGCCCAUGAUCGUAGAUGGUGCGACAGUAGAAUGUCAAACCAGUUACGGUACAUAUAAUGACGAUCAAGAUUUCGAAGAAGAAGAAGAAGAAGAUGAAGCUGUAGAGGAUAAUGAUGAACAAGAAUGUUACGAGGAACGAAGCCACGACGCCAGGAUAGAUACAGAGUGGUUCCCCUUCGACUCCAAAAUCCACUUUCUCCUCACUUCAUUAUACAGUUCUAAAACCCACAGAGUUAGUGAUGAGGUAAUGACUUUCGUUAUGUACAUAAUGAAGGAGUGUGGGUGUCGUAAUGUGCCUCCACUGUCCAAAAUAAAAAAGUAUCUUCAGACAAAAAUGGAAAUGGAAGAUAUGAUCCAAAAGCAUGAAGAUAAAGAUGGAAAUAUUUCCUGGAUGAUCAAGCCAACUUCAAUGCUUAAGUUGCAACUGGCUAAUCCAGUGCUUUCAAACCAGAUAUUCAGAUAUCCAACUGUAGAAACUUCUUCUCAGUCAAACUACCAAGUGUCAGGCAGUAAGUGGAAAGAAAUGGAAUUUCACUGGACUAUAAACAGUGAAAAACACCAAUUUGUUAAAGGGCAGUUCAUAUCCUUUGAACUUGAUGGUCAAGAAGUCUACGGCAAGAUUUUGCAGUUUCUGGAAAGUGUACAGGAAGACAAAUUGAUGUAUGCCAAAGUAGAUGUGUUUAUUGGCAAGGAACACAGAUACAUGUCUGAAAUGAAUAUGGAUGAUAAAUGUUUAGUGAAGUAUGGGCAACUGCAUAUGGUGUCUUUAGAAGAAUGCAAGGUGGUUUCAAUUCCAAGUGACACAUCAUUGAUGGAGCUCAUAAAUGGGGAGUUGAUAAAUAUUUCCAGAGAAAGAAAAGAUGCAAUCUUAAAGCAGUCAUCUUUAUACACUGGUUUACCUGUUAUAACAGUACCUUUAAAUCUGUUCAUGGAUGACAUGUCAGCCAAUCAGUCCAAAAGGUGGUCACCCUUGCAUGCCAUCCAGGGUCAGCUUUCUGGCUUGAGUGUUGAAGAAAAGAACAGAGGAAAGAAUGUGUUUUUGUUAGGUGUGGCUGAUAGAAUGGAUAUUCUUGAGCUUGUGUCUCCUAUUUGCAAGGACAUUGAAAAUUGUAAACAAUCAGGUAUAGAAGCAUUUGAUGCUUCACUUAACCAAAAGGUUAUACUGACAACUGACAUAUCCUUUAUUGUUACAGACUACCAAAUGAUGAGUUUGGCCUGCAACCAUUUAGGCCCAUCUGCAAAUAAAUAUUGCCCAAAAUGUAAUGCAGAUGGCACAGAUCCUUUUAAGAAAUGGGAUUUGAGAACUCCAGAAACCACAAAGAGGACACUAGAAAGGCUCAAGUUAGUGCGAGACAAAGUAUCAUUACAAAGACAGACAGGGGUGAAAUUGUAUGAAAAUUGUUUAUGGCAAUUUAUGGAUCCACACAGUUUUUUUUUCAGAGAUACACCAGUGGGAACUUUACAUUUCCUGUAUUUAGGACUAGCUAAGCAUUUGAUUAAGUACUGCUUAGAUACCUUAAAUGAAAACCAAAAAAAUUUACUGGAAAAGCAUUUAGAAAGUAUAGACCAGUCUGACUUCGCCUAUCAAAUCAAUACCAGUUUCUUCAAAUACUUUGAUAGCAGACAGGGCAAAGAUUUCAAACAUUAUCUCCAAAUUGCUGUUAUUAAUAUGGAAUAUGCUGGAUUGCGUACAAAGUACAUAUUGGUGUUGGAAAAACUUGCAUUGAUUUCAAAGUAUAUCUUGCAAGGAUGUGGUGUGCCAAAAAUCAAGUCAGAAUUUGAUGAUUAUUUCCUGUUGAUACAGGAAAACAUACCAGAAAUUGGCACAAAAAGAAAGACCCAUCUUUGUGUUCAUUUGGCUGAUGACAUGGAAAGACAUGGCCACUUACUGCAUUAUACAGAGGACAGUUUCGAAAAAAACCACAAGACGAUCAGAAGCAGUAUUGCACACCAAAAUGGCCAUGCUAGGUCAAGGGAUACAGCCAGUCAGUUUGCCAACAGUGAGUUGAUGUCACAUGUGAUUGCUGGAGGAUUUUUUCUAAAUUCUACACAAUGGAGUUGUGCUUCUGAUUUGGUGAUUAGCUGUGGGAAGGACGGCAAAUUAUUGAAGUUCUUAGGAAUGCCGAAUAACCAUGAUAAAGGAGUUGGACUUCUAAAAAACAUUGUAAAUAAAAAGAUGAGUCCUGAUGACCUAAUGUACAUAGAAGUACAAGUCCUACAGGCCAUUUUGAAUUGUGGAGGAAGUCCAAAUAUUAUAAGCAGCAAAGAUCUCACAGUGCAGGAGUUUUCAAAGGGCACAACUAAGCUGGGCGAAAAUGCAAGAAUUGGAAGUUUUGUUUUAUACCUUGAUGAAGAAGAAAACGCUAAAAUUGGAAAAGUUACAAAAUUUCUUAGGUUGGCGUGGAAAGGAAAUUGUCACCAGGUUGUUUUUAUCCAGAAGGUUAUUCCUGUUAAUCAUAGAAAUGAAAGACUGCAAUAUAUAACUACAACAGAGACAACAUUUUGUGUAAAAUUAGUUAAAUUGCAGUCAUUAAUUCACACUGUACAUGACUGUAGAGGAGGGAAUUGCCAUCUGAAGGAAGGAACUGUAACCAAAAGAAUUGAACAGGAAAACAGAAGUGUCAAAAGAACAUACCUUAAACACUCUUCACAGCAUAAUGUUUAUAUCAUUAACAAAUACAGAUUAACACAUUCUUUGGAUAAAUUUGUUUUUUAAAUUUGGCUAUUUAGAACAUGAUGCAGUACCAAAUCAGAAUUAAUUAUAAAAAGAAGAUGUGGUAUGACUGUCAAAAGGACAACUUUUCACAAGAGAACAUGUGAGACUGACAUUAACAUGUGUAGGUCACUGUACAGCCUUCAACAAUGAGCAAAGUAAAUACCUUCAUGAAGUUCAUGUACAGUAAUGUAUAAUGUGAAUAGGAUAUUAAAGAAUAAUGAAUGAAAUUAAAAAUGUAACACAUCAGCAAAAGACAACCACUGAAUAACAGCUGUGUUUCAACUCUCCUUCUUAAAUCUGACAUAUAUAUUUGUAAGCUUUUUUCCACUUUAAUCACAUAAAUUGUUCAUCCCAUUUUUCAGGUUGGAUAUUUUAAUGAUCCUCCUAAUCAAUCAGUAAUAUCCCUUUAAAAAUGCUGCAGGAAAGUUUUAGAUAAAGUCACUGAGAAAAAUGUCUUAGAAACAAUCACAUUAGUCAAACUAGUGGUCAUCUUUUAACCCGUAAAACUGUAAUUGAUAAAGCAUUUGAAUAAAUAACUAAGUAAAUAAUUAAUUUCAAGAAGUCAUUUAAAACUGUUAGCAGAGACUGUUGGCCAGAUUAGUUUUUUAAGACUUUAACUAUACCUCUUGUCAAUUUAACAGUAUUGGCUGAACUUGGUAUGUAUCCUGUUUUAAUAAAAAGAAGCCCUGAAAUUGUCUAUAAUGUCUUUUGGUUGCAUGUAAAAAUUGACAAUAAUUGUUUACUUAGACACAUAUAUAAUUAAUUUUUGCGCAUGUUGUAAGUAGGCAACGGUUUUGCCACAACACGUUGAGAGUCAUUAGCUUAAUUUUUAACAUGUUUUUUGGAAAAUCAAAACAUUUUGUUAUAGACAGCAACUUUUAUUGUAUGCAUGCAGUAUAUACUAUACUUAAUGAUAGAUUAUAUUGGAAAUAUUGGAAAUAAAAUGUUUAUUGUUAUAUUGAUUCAAUUAUCUGUAAAAAGGUAAGAAUUCAUAGAUGACAUAAGGUGGCUGUCCUCCAACUUGUAUUUUGAAGUAGCAGAUAACUAUUGAUCUAGAUUUUUAAUGAAAUGAGCAAAGUUUUAAAGAAGUAUGUAAUUCAUGUGUAAGACUUUUCAAUGUUAAUUAAGAAAAUUGUGUGUUUUACCAUAUUUUGGGUGUAUUAUCUAUAUAUAUAUAGAAAAAAAAACCAUAAUUAUUUUUAUUUGAUUCCUACUUUUUCAAUAUUGUCACACAAGGGGAGAUAAUUCUGAUAAAGUGAUUCAUUAUAAAAAAAAGUGUUGUGCAUUUAUGAAUGUUAAUAUGAAGCAAGAAAACAAGUCUGGUGACCCAAUUUUUUCUUUUUAUUAUCAGAAAGCAGGUUAUUAGACCUAUCCUCUCGCACUUAAAGUUAAACUUCUGUAGUGUUGAUUUCUUUUCAAAAGCAAAUUGAUUUUCCAUGCAUAAUCUGUACAAAAUCUGACAAUUUUUCAAAACUGGUUGUGUGUGUAUAUAAUGGACAAGAACAAAUAAACACGAUUUAUACAAAUUGUUAAAAAUUCCUAUUUUUUUUUAUUUAGAUCACCCUUUCCAAUCCAGCUUUAAAACAAAUACAAAUAAGAAUUUACUACAUGUACUGAAUUCAUUCCAGAAAAAUAUGCACAAAAUGCACAAAAUGCAUUGAAAAUAGUUCUGUAUUUUAUUAAUAAGGCUUAGUCAGAUAAAGUUGUAUUCAAAUUUUUAUAUUUUUGAACAAGGAUAAUUUUUGGUUUAAUUUGUAGAUAGAGAUUUUGAAAUAAUAAAAGUCAUUGUUAAAUCCAUUUGUAAUAUGUACAAUACUAAAAAUGCUUUGUUUUCAUAAUUAAUCAUUUUGUUGUAAAUGUACCUCAGGGUGAAACCACUAAAAAAUUUAACAAAAUAUUAAUGUUGAAAGUAUCUUUUUUACCAUUAGAUUUUAAAGGGUAUAUGUAAUCAUACAUACAAGUGCUAGUAAUAAUAUUAUCCUAUGAAUGUGUUUAAAAUAUUCAUUGUGAAAUUUGUUUAACAUUUGUGAAUUUUUGCAUUUCAAACCAGUAAAAUAUUUAUAUUCGUAUUCUAAUUCUUCUUCAAUAAUUGUUUUACUUUUUGGUUGAUUUAAUAUGUCAAAAUAGCAAUAACUAGUGCAUACACUGUAUAAUUUUGAACUCUAUAAAUAUAAAAAGAAGAUGUGGUAUGAUUGCCAAUGUGAGAAAUCUACCAAAGAGACCAAAAUAACAAAGACAGUACCAACUAUAGGCCAUCUUAAGGCCUUCAACAAUGAGCAAAACCCAUACUUCUUAGUCAGCUAUAAAAGGCCCCAAAAUGACAAUGUAAAACAAUUCAAACAAGACAACUAACGGCCUUAUUUAUAUUAAAAAAUGAACAAAACACAAAUAUGUAACACAUAAACAAACAAAAACCACUGAAUUACAGGCUCCUGACUGGGGACAGGCACAAACAUUAUAUCUGUAAGCACAUUUUAGCAUCAGUCAGAUCAUUGGAAUCUCAUGUGAAUUGCAUGCUAGUAAGAUCAUGUGAAAUUCACGUGAGUCAGAUCACGUGAACUUUACGUGAGUGAAAUCAUGUGAAUUUCACGUGAGUUAAAUCACGUGAAUUUCACGUGAAAACAAAUUAAUGUGAAAUUCACAUGAAAUUCACGUGAGUUUCACGUUAGCACGUUCACGUUAAUUUCACGUAAGUCAGAUCAUGUGAGUUUCACAUGAAUUUCACGUGAAUUUCACGUGAACAGUUUUCAUGUGAAUUUCACGUGAAUUUUUCACGUGAAAUUCACAUCAACAAAACUUCACGUGAAAUUCAUGUUAAACUCACGUGAAUUUCACGUGACUUUCACGUGAAAUGAGAUUCACGUGAAAUUAACGUGAGCAAAAUUUGCC